UCACUUUUUACUCUAGAAAGUUAGAUUCCAAUGGGAGAUACAGAGAUGUAUGAGGUCAGGAAUAGUGAGGUCUGUACGGCAUGAGGAUGAUUUGUGGAUAGGGCUAUUCAGAUGUGGGUGAGGGGGAGGACGAUGUGUGUUAAGUGUGUGGGAAGUGGAGAGAUUUAGUGAGAGAUUGGGGGGAGGAGAGUAUCAGGUGAAGAAUAAGCUCGAUUUUGGGAUAUUUGAACCCUCUUGGACCGCUGCGGAUGAGAUAAAGUUGUUAGAGGCUGUUGCUAAGUCGGGGAUUGAUAACUGGUUUGAAGCUCAUAUGAAGUAUCUGCCGCAUAAAUCACCUGAGGAGAUUGAGGCUCAUUUCUAUGCAUUCUAUGAUUUUAAUAAGCCUCAGGAGGAGAUGAGCACUCAGAAUUACAAGAAUAUAUCCGAACAGUGUAUCGGCCCACUUUGACUCACCCAAGAUUCCCUCAACAGAGAAAUAGUGUCUUUAAAAGAAGGCGAGGUUCAAUACAACGAAGAACUAUCUAAGCAGAACGAAGAGAUUAAACUAGCACUACUGGAAAGGAUCAAUCAGCGACAGAAACGAAUCUUUGGUUGAGACCUCUCCCAAACUCUUUAUAAAAGAUCUACUGAGACUGUAGAAGAAAUCAACGAAAGAGAAGCACCAAUAGAUGAAGAGGAAUUCUACUCAGAAUUCAACAGCCUCAUUGGUUACAACAAGAAGCGAGGAUCCUUUGAUGUCGAGUUCGACGAAGAAGUCGAAUGAAAGAGAGAGAAGAACCAAACUUUAAGGAAAGAAAUUGAAGGAUACAAUGAAACAGAACUCGAGAUUGUUCACAAGUUAAAUCCACUCAGACCGUUCUUACAGAAGGAAGAAUUUGAAGACAUCAAAGAAGGAUACCUUGAAGAAGCCAACCUCGCUCACCGAAUUGAACAGCUAAAAAUUCUAAGAAACGAAGGCUUUGAAACUAUUCAAGAGGUAGAACAAGCACUCAAAAGUAUGCAGAAAUAACUCAUUUUUCAUAUAAUUUAUUAAUUUUCCAACGA